AUGGUCAUGGAUGUCGCUCGUACGUCCAUGAUGCAUGCGGCUGCCCCCCAUUUUCUGUGGCCGUUUGCGGUGAGGUACGCGGCGCAUCAGCUCAACCUUCACCCCCGGGUCUCUCGGCCUGCGAUGUCCCCAGCCUUGCUGUGGACAGGGAAUGUUGGCGAUGCGUCUGUGUUCCGUGUCUGGGGAUCUCGGGCGUUUGUCCGCGACUUGUCUGCGGACAAGCUGUCCCCUCGUGCUGCUCCCUGUGUCUUCCUUGGCUUCCCCACUGACGCCCCAGGGUGGCAGUUUUACCACCCCUCCUCUCAUCGUGUUCUGUCCUCCCAGGACGUCACGUUCGACGAGUCAGUCCCCUUCUACCGUCUCUUCCCCUACCGCACUCCUUCCCUCCCCCCUCCCCCGGACUUCCUUGUAUUGGUUCCCCCCCCGUUACACCCCCUCCCCCCUCAGGUUCCUGCCCCCUCAGGUGUGUCCCAGGUAGACGCCGUUGACCCGGUCGAGGUUACAGGUGACUCUGGUGCUGCUGCGGGUGCUGAGCCUGGGGGUGCUACUGCUGGGGGUACUGGGCCUGCGGGUGCUACUGCGGAGAGUGCGGAGCCUGGGGGUGCUGAGCAGGGGGGUGCUGUGCCUGGAGGUGAUGGGUCUGGGGGUGCUGGGUCGGGAGCUGCUGAGCCUGGGGUUUCUCCUGCUGCUGCGUCUCGCCGGGAGCCCCUCUCUCCACAGGAGCUGCGCGAGUGGUUCGCUCGCCGCUGGAGGCGUGCUGCUGAGUCUGGAGGUGCUGCUGGAGCUGGAGCUGGAGCUUCUUCGACCGUCGAGGGUGCGGGUGCUGCCGGUCCCGGAGCUACUGGACCUGCGGGUCUGUUGGGUACUCGCAAAAUGUGCGCUUCGGCAUAA